ACUUUUUGUUCACCGAUACGUCCAGCCAGUCUUCUCCUGAAGUGUGCGGCCUCACUCAUGUCCACCCAGGCGGCCUGCGGGGACGGAAACGACGGAAAAUGUCUGUUGGAGAAAAGCACCGAGGAGAGUGCUGCUGCAGCUCUUGACACUGAAGGGUCCAGAGAGCAAAUCCAGAGACUCGGACACAGAGACAUCCUCACGAUGGACCCGGCAUCCAAAAUAGAAGAUGUCAGCACAAUGAAAGCUGCCUAUGUCAGUCCCAGGACCGCAGGGGUGAGGCUGCGGGGCAUCAGAGGCGAGCUCAUGGAAAAACAUAUCACCCAGAAGAUAAGAGAGCAGGUACAUGCCGAAUUCAAUCCAGCACCUCCCAAAACAGACUUCUGCUCCACCACCAGGAAGGAUUUCACCGUCGAGGGAUUUGUGCCUCUUACCCUUGAAACAACAAACGUUCAUGACUACAAAUCCGAUCAGGCCAUUACAUUUUGGAGUGAGAAUCACCAGCGGAUACAGGGUGUGACUGCUGUGCCGAGCCCGGGCAGCCCCUUCAAAAAGUCGACGCUGUUCAGCACACCUGUCGCCCAGCGGCUGGACGAGCCUGCGCUCCCACCUGAGAGCUGAGCCACUACGGCUGCGUUUCACAGCUUUAUGGAGGCAUUAUAUUAAAGACAUGAUUUGCUUGAUUUCUCGAUUCUAGUGAUCUCUCGACUCGACUGAGAAAUCAUACAGUGAUUAUAUCUGAAGACAGCCAAGUGUCUUCCAUCCAUCCAUUUUCUCUACCUGCUCAGGCUAUUUCUAAUCAAUGUCACAGGCUGGAGUCUCUCCCAGCAUGCACUGGGCACACUGUCACGCAUCCACAGUUAGAGUAAUCAGCUCACCUGAUUGCAUGUCUUUGGACUGUGGGAGGAAACCAGUGGAAACUCAUUGAGAACAUGCAGAGUGUACGCAGACAGGACCAGGAUGACACUGAGCCACCGCGCCACCUUAAAGGAUCGUUAUCAUGUAAAUAUAUCAUACAUGUUUUACAAAAUAAUCUAAUAACUGCUUAGUGACAGUGUAAGGUUGUCUUCACACAUGCCAGCCUGUCAGCAUCCUUUCUUCAGUGAAAAACAUGCUGACGAGUGAUUUUUUUGGAAUACAUUUAUAUUUAAAAAACAAAUAUCAGCCUGUUCUGCUCAUUGUCGCUGGCUGGCUGUUUAAAAAAAAAACAAAAAACAAUUGAUGUCACUUUUCGAACCACUUUUUAUAGGAGUUUAACAUAACUGGGACAAAAUGUGGGUGGCAGUGCUUUCUGUAGAUUUUUUAUUUCAUUUUUUUCAGUGUUUAAAGGCCACUUCCCAUAGGAUUCUGUGUACAAAAAGAUUUUGGCAGCUGAGAAGAAAAAAAAAAAACGCUGUGUGUGAACCCGGCCUGAUGGCGUCUGCUGCAGCUGAUAGCCACAAGCAACAGUAACUGUGACUGCAUGCAUUUAGUACUUUUACCUCGCUGAGUUAUCAUGCAGCUUACAAAGAGCUGAAUGGGAACUUUUGGCAUUAUUUGGAUUAGCGGUGGAAGAUAUAACCUGUUUGGCAAUCAGGAAAAAUUGCCAGUUUUUUCUUUCAAAAUCUGGCCGAGAUGCAACUUGCAAUUGAAUGUCAGCGAUGGCCUUGUGCAAUAACAAUGAAACUGGAUGUACUGUAGAGUGCGGUUAACAAAUCACAGCUGGAACUUCCCUGUCGAAAAAGAAAAGGAGGCACAUCUGCAUCUCUCCUCAUCGUCCCUCAU